AUGCGGCCCGUGGUCCACAAGACGCUGUCGCCCGUGCAGCUGCGCCUCGGACUCGCGGGCAUUCCGCCAGUCUUCCUGCGCGACUCGCUCCUUCUUCUCGCUCCUCGCCUCCUCGCAGGAGCAGACAGCGUCACGCCCAUCCUCCCUCCUUCCUCCUCGGCGCACGCCUCCGUCGACCUCCUCCCACCCAUCCUCGACUGCCUCCUGGAACCCCUGCCCAUCGACAUCCCUGCGGGGUAUGGCCUCGUGCCAGACCACGUCCUCGCCGCGACGAUCCCGUCGCCCGCCGGCCCCGGCGCCAUCGAGCGCGUCCUCGUCCCGAUCCACUCGCUCCCCUGGUCCCUCGCGUCGCCGACGCUCGGCGCGCAUCUCGCCGAGUGCGCUGCCGCUGCCGCCACCUCGGAGCUCGACGCCGACCUGCGUAUCGCGGACGUCGCUGCGCCGCCGACACAUCCAGCCUCGCCGCCCUCCUUCUCGUCGACCGCUCGGACCCGACCGUCGAGCUUGACGCCGUCGUCGCCGCCGACGCGCACCUCGCACCUCGCCCUCCCCGUCGUUCCCCUCCUCGUUCCCUCCCUUGCCGGCUUGACAGCCCUGCACGCCUUCAUCUACACGCGCACGCUCGGCGCCCUGCCGCUCGACGCCGACGGCCUCACCGACGUCGGCCGCUGCGCACGUGCCCUCGGCGUCGAAGGCGAGGUCGCGCGUGAACUCGACGACGUGCUGUGCGAGGCGUGGGCGAGGUCGGGGUGGAAGGUGGAGGACUGCGAGGGCGAUGCGGACGACGAGGAGUGGAGGAGCGAGGAGGGAGAGCUCGACGCGACGUCGGGUUGCGGAUCGGGGAACGAGGAGUCGGAAGGAUAGACGACGGCAGGGUGGGAGGUGGCUCGAGAAGGGCGUCCUUGCAGGGCGGGCGUGAGACGGUGAGUCGGCGGGCGAGGAGCGGGCGGGCGGGUCGUGCUCGUCGAGCCGGACAUGUAGCACUAUGGUAUCGAGAAUAAAGUCAGUACCGGUACAUGAACGUCCUCGCACGAGCGAAAGUGUCGCGCGAGGCCCGCACCCGCUCGCCGCCGCACGCUCCUUCUCUCUCCGGCCCUCUCCUCGUGUCGAGCGGCAACGACCUCGCGUUGCUCGUCUCGAGCAGACCUCGCGCUCGCCUGCUACACACCCCAUGUGUCCCUUGCCCUCCUCCAUCUCGCCUCCUCCUUCUCGAGCACGCGCCGCACGCCGUCCCGCUCGCCCUCGUCGAGGAACAGCACGGCCGCGUCCCACCUCGCCGUCGCCGACAAACCC